AUGGCCAUGGAACCCAUCGUCCAGCUCGGCGGCAAGUACAAGGAGGAGCUAAGUGCCACCUUCGAAGGCCUUCGGCAACGCUCGUCUGUUUCCGUUGCUGCUGCGCAAGAACAGCUUCAGCUCCUUCAACAGCAGGCCGAACAGCUCAAGCAGUCCAGUCCCGAGGCUCUGGUCGGAACUCUUCAGGAUUUAGUAUGUUUCCGUAUUGUUAUUCUUUUGUUAUGCUAGCUAGGGUACCGAAUGUUGAGUAACAUUGCAUCUUUCAGUCUCCAGUAGAAGUCCCCACUCCAAAGCUCCUAGACACCUUUGGAUGGCUGACAGUGAUGGAAGUGACCAAGACCGUCGUGUCCGUUCUCACCUCUUAUCUUCUGGCUCCAUUCAUUGGUCUCUUCUUCGAGAGUCUGACUGCUAUCGUCCUGGCUUACGGUGUUGUCCCUGCCCUUUUGUACCGUCAACUUACGGCCACCGAGAGCGACACCGAGCACCGUUUCUAUCUGCUCUCGGCUGCCGCCGCUGAAGGUCUUCUGGUCGGAUUCAUUAUCAACAACCGAUACCUUGCCGCCAGCCAGCCCAUUGCUGCUGUGACUCCGCUGUUCAUAGCCUUGGUCGCCCAGCUUGGUGAGGGCAAAUUCCCCAGCCGUCAAGCGUUCCUUGGAGCCACCCUUGGAUCGGGAGUUCUGGCACACCUGGCGCUGAGCAUUCUUUUUGGAAGCCUGUCUUUCCCCGGCUUCCUCCUCUCUGCGCUCUAUGCCGGAGUCGGAUUUGCCAGCAUUCAGUUGCUCCUCAAGGAUUCUCAAGUAAGUCCAAGUCAAGUUCAGUUGCAUUUUUGUUGUGGCUGAGGGAAAGUUGGAAGGGGGCGGGAAACUGAACGGAUUUUUAGUAAUCUUUUUGCUCUGACAAUGUACGGCCUUUUCAUGUUAUUAUUUUUGCUUUUUCUAGGCACCCUCCUACAAAUACCAGUUCAUCUACUUCAUCGGUGCCAUCCUGUCUCAAGGAAUUGUCUUUGGCAUUUUCGGUGGCGCUCCUCCCGCGCAGAAUUAG